UCUGUGGGCAGGAGGAGGCAGAGCAGCAGGAGAGCAAAUACUGGAAGAUCUGCAGGUCAUGGAGGUCCUUGCCCUGACCAUGGUUACUCUUCUGGCCCUGCUGCCCCCAGCCCAGCCCUGCUCCUCAGAGAUUAACAAGGUCAAGGACCUCCUGGAGGUGAACUGCACAGGGCAGGCUCUCAGCGCAGUGCCCCCAGACCUGCCUGCAGAGACAGGCAUCCUGCUGCUCAGUGACAAUCGCCUGGAGUCCCUCUCCACCACUGCCUUUCUGUCCCUCGCCCAGCUUCAGGACAUUGACCUGGCCAACAAUCGGCUGGUGGCUCUGCACACAGGGGCCUUGCUGCUGUCCCUGAAGGAGCUGACCCUCUCUCACAAUGCACUGUCAGCCCUACCUGUCCUGGAGGGCCUGCCUGCACUCACCCACCUGGCUGUGGCUCACAACAGCCUGGAGACAUUGGCCCCAGGGGCUUUCCGCACAGUGCCACAGCUGCAGAACCUGGACUUGCGAGGGAACAAGAUGCAGCAGCUGCCUCAGGAGGCCUUUGCAGGGCUGAGGGCACUCAAGGAGUUGGACCUCUCAGACAACCUCCUGAAGGAGCUACCCAAGGAGUUGCUGCAGGACCUGCAGAAGUUGGAGACCCUUUGGCUCUCAGGGAACCAGCUGCAGACCCUGCCAACUGACUUUUUCCCAAAGGGGCACCUCUUCAUGUAUGUUUUCCUCACUGAGAAUCCCUGGCAUUGCAACUGUGACCUGCACUACCUCCAGACCUGGAUCCAGAAGAAUGCUGACAUUGUUUAUCAGCCAGAGCGGGGCCUGGAGGAAACAAAGGUGGAGGUCGCACCUGAGAAGGUACUGUGCCACAGCCCUGCUGAGCAUAGGCAGAAGCCCAUCAUUCACUUCAAGCUUAAGUGCAGCAUCGUGGAGGAUGUGGAUGAGGAAGGAUGGGAUGAAUAUAAUUAUGGGGAAGAAACAACAGAGAAAGCUACCAUGAGCACCUUCCCCCCACAUCCAUUCAUCCCCAAAGAGCACACUACCAUGCCCUGUGCUAUUACCUCAUCUUGCCUUCCCACCCUUACUACCACAAGAUCUCCCCUCACCAGACCUUCCCUCAGCACCUCUUGUACCCCCACCCUUUCCCCAAAGACUUUGCUUGUGGUGCUGACAAGCAUCAGAGUUCCCAACACCACCACUCCUGUACCAGCCAGUCCCAUCAUGACACCCACACAGACCCCCAGCACUGCCACCAUUCUCACGGCUGCUACCACCAUCACCCUGCAUAGACCUGCCACCCUUGACAAUGCCACCUCACUGCCAACAACUAUGAGCAGCAGCUCUUCUAGCACCAGUGGCCAUUCUCAAACCACCCUUGCUGCCAGCAGUAUCUAUGGCAGUCUCAUGGGGUCUGCUGGUACAUUUCCCACCACUUCCACAGCAGUGCCUUCCACUGCCAUGAUAGAGGCCUCUUCCACUGUCAGAUCUCCAUGUCCUCCACUGAUGUCAGCCAACACCAUGCUUUCCACACAUGCCCCAACACUACCACCUCCCCUGGACACCACACACUUCACCCAACCUGCAUGUUCCCCCCUACCUUCUCCUCCUCCCCUCUGCCCAUGCUCCAUCCCAGGACGGGCUGUACCUGUGCUGCGUUUGCAGGCAGGUGGGGAGGGUCUGCAGUGGGGGCAGUGGGUGCUGAGGCACUGCUGCCUGUUGCACUGGAUGCUCUACCUGGCUUCCUUGGCUCUGCUGGUCCUGACCAUGCUGGCUCUAGCAGGUUGGCUGGCAUGGAUGUGUCUGGUGGGACAACCCUCCUGGCACCAGUCCCUGCAGACCCAAGAGGUGCGGUAUCCACUGAUGGAAUGGAGGGAGUCAACAGGAAACCCUAUGAUGCAUCUCAGCAGCUUCAAAAUCCCCCUCCAGCAACCCACAUUCUGUACAAUCAAGGAAGUGGAGUUGUGCCCUGAGGUUACCUACUGCACAAUUAAAGAUCUGGGGAUACAGCGCAGUCCUGCAAGUUACUCCUUCUGCACCACAAAGGAGUUGUGGGUUCACCACAGUCCUCUACAUACAUCAGUCAAGCCUUUCUCCAGGAAGCUGAUGGUCACAGACCUUAGCUUCCUGAAGGCCCCAUCUGUUUACAGCCUAGACAGGGGUGUUGAGGCCAUUGGUGAUGUCAGAGUGAAAUAUGCCGGUAACACCAUGUAAAUGUUUCUGUACACUCAGAGAAAGAGAUUGAGGGUCAUGGCUCUGCUUUAUAUGCUUUGUUUUACAAGGGAAAGAUCUACUAGCCUAGGAGGAAGCCAUCCAGCUCCUUCCUUUAGUAUUCUCAAACAGCCUGAGGUUUCCAGAGCUAAAAUAAUUACUUGGGUAUUUGGCUGAGGAAGAUAAUGUCCUAAACUGGUCAGUGAUAGUCUGGGGCUGCCACUGCCUAGUUUUGGGGUGAGUGUGGGCAAG